GAGGUCGUGUUGGCCAGCUGUGAUUAUUGCACAUGUUCAUAGUGAGACGUGUUUACGUUUAUGUUUACUUUUGCAAACCCUCUAAACUGUGCUCUUGUAUGUCAAAGCAAAGGUCAUACGGUGAGAGAGAAAAAAAACGACACUUUCAGAUUCCUUAAUAUGCAAAAUGGAACUGUCAGUUUUUCAGAGAUGCCUGAUGAAGGUGAACGUCGACGCAAGCAAGUGAGAAAUCGGUGAAAUCAGAUCUCAUAGACAGCCAUGUUUGAAGGAAAAAAGAAAGAGAAAAAAGAAUCGUGUUAAACGUCAUCUCAGACAUAUAAAAAAAAAAAGAAGUAGCUGUAUCCAGCAGCCUUAAGUGUACAGUCUUACUAGGUUUAUUCUAGAUGUCGUGUAAAUGAUUGUUAAAUGGCUUUUAGGCAAGAAGUCAUGAUUAAAUUCUUCUCUUCAGACCACAUCACAUCAUCACGCGUCGAUUUCCUCUAAAGUUCCUCACGUCACAAAUGGACGUGUUGCAUGAAUAUAAGAAUCCAGACACGUUUAUUUUUACAUUACAACAGAUGUACGAUAGUUAGGGAGAGCGUCGUAUCCUCGUUUCUCUCUCUCUCCCUCUCUUUCUCUGAAUCUCUCCCUCUCUGACUCUCUCCGCCUCUCUCUCUCUCCCUCUCUUUCUCUGAAUCUCUCCCUCUCUGACUCUCUCCGCCUCUCUCUCUCUCCCUCUUUCUCUGAAUCUCUCGCUUUCUCUCACUCUGACUAUCUCUGACUCUCUCUCCCUCUCUGACUCUCUCUCCCUGACUCUCUCUUUCUCUCUGUCUCUCACGCUCUCUUUCUGGCUCUCUCUCUCUCUGACUCUCUCUCUCUCUGUCUGGCUCUCUCUCUCUCUGACUCUCUCUCUCUCUGACUCUCUCCCUCUCUCUGUCUCUCUCUCUCUCUGACUCUCUCUCUCUCUCCAUCUCUCUCUCCCUUUGCUCACUGUGAACUUGUACACUGUAUUUGUGCAUCUAGAAUUUGGUUUAAGCAAAAAAAAAACAAACAAACAAAAAAACGCAAAGGUGCACGAGUUUGACUUUUUUUGCCACAAUUAUUUAAUUUUUUAAACAUAUUAAUCGUUUUUCUAAAUCAGCGGGUUGAUUUUCUAAAAAAAUAAACAGAAAUGCAUCAGUGACGAUCCUCAUGUCAUGUGAUUCAGCCUCUUCACGCUCACGUGGCUCGACAGGAAGUACGCGAGAUCCGAGAGGCGUCCGCACGUCAUACCAACAUUCUGUCUCUGGCUGCAUUGAGCUUGUGUGUUUUUCCCAGCAUCCCUUUCAGCAGUCUCAGCCUGUCCUUCAGAACACAGUAGCGCUUGUAUUCCUCCGUCACCGUGAGAUGGUCCUCUCUCCUUUAAAACAACACAAAAGGGGAAAGAAAUUAAACAGCGCUUAUCACCUAACGUCUCCUCGCUGAUGCCUUAGACUCCGAUAGCUGUGUACAGUGACGACGCACACUGAACCUUUAAACACCAUGUACAUAUGUGUACAGGGGAAAAUGAGCUCUGUCUCUAUCAUACUUUAUCUGUCUAAACUUCUCUCUGUUUGUGUACAGAGGACACACACACACACACACACACACACACACACACACACACACACACACACACACACACAAACACACACACACAAACACACACACACAAACACACACACACACAAACACACACACACACACACUGCUGUAUCCUUUUGGCAGGUGUCAAUGUUUUUUUUCCUGUUCUGAGUUUCUUGAUGUGUUCCCGAGAACCAACUGUGACUGUUCAAUAAAGCUAUGUGUGAACGGCA